CUUCAACAGCAUCGAAGAAAAUAUAUACCAAUCUUUCUGCCCUCUCAAUCUUUCAAUGAUUCAUCAUCAAUCUUCGAAAUGGACCAAUUCUAUCAGAAGAACGCAUCCCUAUACCAAUCUCUUGUCAAGGCCGUCAAGAAGCCUACCCGAGCACAUGGAACUCCAACCUCGCAAGAGGAAGGAAACCAGAACAUGGUUGUCAGUGCAAGAAUUCGCCCAUUUCUUGAAGACGAACUCAAUGCCGGGUUUCCCUGUGCUGUAUUCCCCCAAAACGCCCAAGCUGGCGCCAAAACGGUGAUUGACAUCCACGACUUGUACAAUCAUCCGAAGGGACGACCUGUUCUCAAGUCUUUCAAUUAUGGUGUGGACAGAAUCUUCGGCACUGAAGCGACCACAGAGCAGAUCUACGAGGAUCUCGUUAAAGACCUGAUCCCCUUCGCAUGGGACGGCGGCAUCAGCACCCUCUUUGCAUAUGGCCAGACGGGCUCUGGCAAAACCUUCACUAUCAGUCAGCUCGAGAGACUUGCCGUCAAAGCACUGAUGGAAGGUGAUCUUCCAGGCGAAAAGGAAGUAUAUCUGACCAUCAUUGACCUUGCCGGAAAUUCGGCCUUCGAUCUCCUCAGCUCACGAUCUCCAAUAUCGAUUCUCGAGGACUCCUUCGGCGUCAGUCAAUUAAAAGGCGCAGAAGAGUACCUCGUGCAAGACAGGGCUGAGGUCAUGAACCUGAUUGAGCGUGCCGCAUCUUUCAGACGAACAGCAUCAACCAUAAAGAAUGAUGCAUCCUCUCGUUCACAUGGCAUCUGUCGCAUCCGUAUCAAGGAUGUUGCUUCAGAUACAGAAGGUCUUCUCUAUCUCAUUGAUCUGGCCGGAUCAGAAGCUGCCCGGGACAUCGCGGUCCACGGAGCCGACCGCAUGCGAGAGACCCGCGAAAUCAACAUCAGCCUGUCCGUCUUGAAAGACUGUAUCCGCGGCAAGGCCGAGUCCGAUGCUUUGCUCUUAUCUGGUAAACGCAAACAAGGACAGAAGGCCCCCCGCGUGCCUUAUCGACAGAGCGCGCUCACCAAAGUUCUCAAGCAUGUAUUCGACCCUUCUGGAGGUCACACUACCAAGACCGUUAUCAUUGCUUGUGUCAAUCCAAGUCUGGCAGACGUCAGUCCCACCAAGAACACUUUGCGAUUUGCCGAGCUUUUGCGCGUUCCGGCGCCUAAGAUUGGCAAGCCGAACUUCAAACCGAAUUCUCCCGUAACUUGGACCAAUGCUCAGCUCCAAGAUUGGAUAGCGAAGAACUCGGGAACCCCGCCCAUCAACGGGUCGAUUCUUGCGCCCACUGCAACAGGAGCUCAGAUUCUCAAACUCCCUGCCCGCGACUUCGAGACUCUCUGCUUGAGCACUGAUGGAGUAAGCAUCGAUCAGGCAAGAGCAUUCCGAGAAAAGUUGUGGGCGCUGCACAUUGAUUCACUGCACAACGACGGCCGAUCCCAAGACAGUGCGGGUCAAUCCGCUGCAGCUAACACCGGAUCCGAGAUGAAAUCCUCCAGUCAAGACGACGGCCCUAAUGUGGAGAAGCUGCUCUUCAAAGAGCGUAUCCGUCCGGGCAUGGUCGUAUGCGUGAAGAAGCCUGUCGGAACUGGAGAGACCGUUGGUACUGUCCGUGGCUUGACCAUGGCGAUGAUCCUUUGCCCCACUAGUGCUCUGGAUGAAAACCAUAGGAUGAGUCUAGAGGCAAAGCCGAAUCCCGGAAAAGCUGCAUACCUCUGCGCUACGGUAGUUUCGACCCCGUCAGCCAAAGCUUACACACUUCACCCAUGGGAACAGGUUGUUGUCGAUGUUACCGAUAUGGAGAACGAGAUCAUUCUUGAGUACGACAGCAGUUCACAUAACUACUACAUGGUACUCUAAGGAGAUGGAUCGCGUGGCAUUCACAUUGGAGUGAACAUUCAGGAAUAGAUUUUUCGGUCAACAAAGAUAGAAGGUAGAUAAAAAACACAAUGCGAAAC